GUGUUGCAUUUGAAUUUCUUUAAUUUUAAACCUACUUUUUGCAACUGUUAAUUUGUCAUUUAUAAUUUUUGCUGCGUUGCCUUGAUAAGUUUUGUGUGAAAAAGUUUGCAAUUUUCUUUUAAAAAACUAAACAAAGAGCUGUAAAUCUUUUCAAAAUGGAAGUUGAUGAAGAAGAAUUCGAGAUGCCUUCCUCCAGCAGCAAAGGCGAAAAAAAGCGUUUUGAAGUGAAAAAGUGGAAUGCUGUAGCUCUCUGGGCCUGGGAUAUUGUGGUUGACAAUUGCGCCAUUUGCCGUAAUCAUAUUAUGGACUUGUGUAUUGAAUGCCAAGCUAAUCAAGCUUCAGCCACCAGUGAAGAAUGCACAGUUGCUUGGGGCGUUUGUAAUCAUGCCUUCCAUUUCCAUUGCAUAUCACGCUGGCUAAAGACACGUCAGGUUUGUCCCCUCGACAAUAGAGAGUGGGAUUUUCAGAAAUAUGGUCAUUAGUUAUGAUACAUUUGUUCACGUUCACGCUUUAUAAUACUUAUUUUAGGUUACUACUAUUCAUUUUACAAAUUUCGUUCUUUUUUUUUUAAAUACCACAAAAAUAUAAUAAUUUAUGAACAAACAACAAAAUAACAACCACUUUGUAAGAAAAUGCUUAAAUGUAAUUUCGAAUUAAAAUUGUAAUUUACUCACAAUGCUUUUGAAAGUAGGCAUUUAA